CACAGGAAGUUGCGUAGGCACAAGAGCGCCACAUACAACCCCAACAAAUUUGUUUUCUUGACUUUACUGCCUGGGCAAAUUGGGGUUGUCUCACUAUAUUCAAGCUGUUUUUAUGAAAUAAGAAACACGCCCAAGACUGCGAAAAGCUUUUUUGCGGAAACCAUGGGUCGGCUUGAUGAUGCUGCCAAACAAAAAGUUGUGGAGCUCCGAAAGGCUGGACUGAGUUUCCGUAAAAUUAAAGCUGAAUUGGAGCUAGAGAACAUCAAGGUCUCGGCACAGGCUAUUUAUCUGUUCUUGAGAGAGUUUCAGGGAAGGCCUCCGGGACGUGCUCGCCCUUUGGAGAUCGGAGGCUCAUUCAACCCUCAGCUGCAAGCUAGGAGCAAAGGAGCUCCAGAUAAAUGGAGUGGUAUUCAUCUUCAAAACCUCAUACGGAUUUCCUCUCAACAGUCACAGAGUUCUGAUUUCAUGACAAAAACUCAAAAUACAAGUAGCACAACCCCCCCAGGGUCCUCAGGGGAAUGCAGUAGUAGCAGAAGUAGCAGCAUCAGUAGCCAAGGGCAAGGAUUUAAAGAAGAAAAUGACAUUAAGAUUGUCAGUGUCACUUCCCUUUCACAGACGAGCCAAAGUGUUGUUCAGAGCCCUGUAACAAAAGCUGCAACAAGUGUAGCAUGUUCCACAGGAGCAACUACUGCAACACUAGUAAGAAGAAGGGUCAGUCCUUCCCCUACUACAAACUCAAUGUUGGCUGCACGUAAGAGGAUUUUGGAUAAAGCUUUAUCACACAGAAUAAAGUCUUUCCAGCAGAUGGCAUCACUGAUAAGAAGAGACCCAAGUAGUUUACAGGGACCUGGUUUGAGAAAUCCUGUUCAACAACCAUCUCACACCUAUAAUUCAAAUGAAAGGGCUGUUAUGGAAAAUCAGUCUGAAGGGGUAGGAGGAACAUCAGCUGUGCAUUACUCUGUUCAAAGACCUAGUGUGUCAGUUCGCUCACCUCAGCCUCCUCCUCCUCCACGUGUUGGCAUUCGUCUUCCAAGUCAAUCAGUGGCCAAGUCAUUAUCUGCAAAUUUACGACUGCCAACCUCACUUAGCAGUCAUUCAACUAACCAAAACGAGGGGAAUUCUAGUCCACAACAUACUGUUCAGGAGUCAAGAGUGCAAGCUAUUCUGCAGGACCAAAUCCAGACCUUAAGCUCCGAAGUGCGCAGUCUGGGAAUGGCGGUAAAGAUGUUGGUCGAGCAGCAGUGUCGUCUGGAGCGGGAGCAGGUGCAGCAGACAAACAUUCAGAAGCAAAUCCUCAGUACUCUUCAGACUAUGUCCUCCAAAAUGGGAUUUUGUAGCGCAGUUCAACAGCAACAAAAAACGCACUCACCUGCUGCUUUGAAAUCUACCUCCUAUAAUCAAGACACUUUUACAUGUAGCCAAGGCACUUAUACACAGUGCAGCCAGUCACAACCAAGCUUCAACUCUAUAAAUGCUUUAGAAACAGUUGAACCCUUUAAACUUCCUGAACUCAGUCCUACCAGCAUGAAUGGUUUUGCAGCAUGUAGUAGUGCUGAGAGCCUUCCGCUUAUCCCUUCACCAUUGUACCAACAGCAAGCCCAAGCCCACAUGUCAGGAUUCACACAAAACUAUGUGUCUGCUUACAACCAAUCAAAUAAUCACACAUUUUCAGAGAAUAAACUGGCAAAUUUUUCAAACAGCUGUGCAGUAAGAACCUUUCAGGACUGUAAUAUUUCUUCUGAAGUGGUUUUGCCCAUGAGCAAUUCUGUUCAGGAUCAGGUAAAUAGUAUAAAAGAGGAAGGCCCUUAGCAAAUUCCAGGCCAAGAUGAAAAUUAAAAGUUGAGUGAUGUAUAAACUGUAGCAACUGUUAAAAAUUCUUUCAUUUUAGUAUAGACCUUAUUGUUGUUAAGCAAGUACUCAAUAUAAUUUUAUUGGUAUUUAAAAAUAUAUGGCUUUUGUACUCCUUUUAUAUACCACGCAAUAUGGCAAUAAAAGUUACAUUGCUAUAAUAGUAUGAUAACAUAUUUCAGAAUGUAAGCUAGUCAAUAAAUCAGUGAAUUUAUGUUUUGCUAUUUAUUAUAGUAUGUAAAAUGGGUUCUUCAGAGCUCACUAAGACCAGUGCUUGAUUAAAAUGUGUAGAACUGACAUUGCAGGUGAAAGAUCAAACUUUGUUAAUUCCUAAAUCAAAAAUAUAAGUUAUAGCCAAGCCACACUAGUACAUUGAUCUUGUUUUGUAGUGUUGUGUUGUUAUCAGCGAAUAGUUGCACACAGCUCAUGGGGUGAUGUGGUGAGAGUGAAACCCACAGAUGGGGUCAACAGUAAAUCUUCCUCUCUAACUCCAGGUGCAGGGCUGAAGCGAAAGCGCUGGAGAAGGCUAGUGAAGAUCAGAAACAACUCCAUUUUUGCCAAUCCCUCUCCCAAACACGCCCUCCGACCUGCAAAACAGUUCCAGUUCAUUGUAUUUAUUAUGGUUGAAAUUUGUCACCAAAAAUAAUGUCUUUGUUAUUAACCUGCGGAAAAGGGAAGAAAAGCUUCUCUCUUGAUGAAUUUACCAUCUUUGUCCAGGAAAUGAGAUGGGUUGAAAAUGUGUGGAUUUUCCCAUUCAUUCUCAUCAUAAAGCACAGAGGCAAGGAGAGGAAUUACAAGUGUAUCCUAGGGACAAUCAUUUUGUAAAGUAUGACAUUUUCUAAUGUUUUUGGUCAUCACAAUCACAAAUAUCACACCUUUUUGAUGAAGUAGCCCUGAAAGGUAACAUCUUUGCUGGUUUUGUGAGGAAUGGACAAAGGUAAAAUGUUGGCGAAUCUCUGCGUCUCAUGUAUGACUGCAUCAGUGUAGGGCAGAUUUUUCCGAUCUUCAGCACAGAUUUGGCAACUUCCUACUUCUCUGUCGAGCUCCUGUUGGACCUGAUCUGUAGACAAAUCACAACUGUAUGAUGUAAAGGUAUACUAUGUAAUUUCUGGUGAAGUGUCUACUAUCUCCAUGUCUCUAUGGAUGUUAUUCCUGCAUCUAGAAUAUCCCACAUUUUGGCAUUAAUCAUCUCUGUAUUCAACUACACAUUUAAUUGCUCGAACCUUGUAGAUAAAAAGAUGUUCUGUGAGUGGGGUUGCAUUUCCGCAGAUCUGAUCUGUACCAUGGUCUGGCAGUGCCACUUUGUCUCCAUAAGCUUAAUAUCAGCAUUAGGCCAAGGAAUAACAUCUCCACAGAGACAAGCAGGAAGCAUAAAGCAUGAAUUCAAACUCAAAGAAGCCCCUGGUUCUUACUUUGGAUGUCUGGAUAUUUGGCCAUUAAUAGUAACCCCCAUCUCACUGUAGCUGCAGUGGUGUCUGUGCCAGCUGCAAACAAGUUGGUUACUGAGUAUAUCAGAUUCUUCUCAUGGUACUGAGUCAUCAAAGUGUGUAAAUCCUAAUGCAGUGUUGGAAUAGAGAAAUGUUAUAUAUCAAAAUAAGUUAAGAACACAAUAUAAAUUUUUCCAGAAA